CUCACAAAUGCUUCAAAACCCUCCAUUUUCAAUAUUAACUCUUCUGCAAUUCCAUGGAGCUCCCUGUGUUUACGAGCUUCCGUUCAUGGUCGAGGCUGGCCUCGUGCCCUUGCUCUUACAACUUCACCGUCGUCUUCAACAAAUGCUCGUUUCACCGCAGAAACUUCAGCGUUGGAUGGAAUUUUGGCGGCCCGAAGCGCCAUCUUCGAAUCGCUGCUACUUCGGCGAAGAAUUCUCCGUCAAAUCGUUUCCGCGAAGCGGAAAGCGAAGUGAAUUGUGGCGACUUUUGGAGGGAUUCCGAGUUCCUCGAGGUGAUUGGCAUUGGUAGUCGAAAAGAUGCGGUUCUCAAUUUCUGUCUCGAAUCGCCAUUUCAGUCGUCGUCUCUGAGAUACUGGAAUAUUGUUAGUAAGGAUUCACAGAAGUUGCAAUUGCAGCAAAGGGUCCUUGGAAAAGAUCCAAAUCCCAGAACUUUUGAAGCUCAACUAUCUUUAACAUCAGCUUCAAAGACUAUUAUCCUUGUGGCAAGUGCAGGUUAUGGCAUGGAUUAUAUUCCAGCCAUCAAUAUUCUUAAAACUAUAAGAUCUGCAAAUGGGUUUACUGUUGCUAUUAUCUUGAAGCCAUUCAGCUUUGAAGGACAUAGGCGUCGGGAUGAGGUCAAAGAUCUGAUGGAAAAACUUAAGGAGCAUACUAAUUUAUUUAUCGAUCUAGACACGGACAAGCUACUGAAAAAGGACUUGGUCACUCUAGAUGAGGCUGUAAAGACUGCAAAUAAUGCUGUGGUGAUGGCCGUUACUGCUGUAUCUGUUCUUAAAUCUGAUAUGCACAGAAGACUUACUGGUGCAUCAUGUAAUGAUGUAAAGGAUAUUGAAAUCUCAGAAGUUUUUCAUAUUCUGGAAAGCUAUAAAGAGGCAAAAAUUGGUUUUGGUGCUGGUUACAACAUGAAAACUUCAAUUUUACAGACUAUGUACGAUUGCCCUUUCCUUGAUGUUGCUGUUAAGGACUUGGAUGGUAUAAUUAUCUGCACUCUUGCAAGUUCGGAUGUCAUAAAAAAAGGGGAUUUAGAUGUUUUUUUGCGUACUUUCCGUCAAACUACAGAAUAUAGAAAGGAAAUCUUAUUAGCUACCAUUCAUGAACCCAGUCUGGAGCCCAACCUGCUUGUAACGACAGUUCUUGUUGUAGGUUCUACUGGACAACAGGUAUCGCAAAAGAGUAGCAUAUUAACCAGGUUGGCUCAGCAUUUUCCGUUCAUAUUCAGAUUUUUUAGGAGAUCCCAUCUUCAAUCAAGUGAAACUAAGGAGAGUAGUGUGCUUGAGGGGGGACUUACUACUGAAGUGAUUAGAAAUACAAAUGAUGUUGAUGUCAUUGCUGAAGGUUCGGACAAGUACUCUGAAAAAUUUCAGAUGAUUUUGAACAACUACAAUGAAUUCCAUGAUUCAAGUGAAUUUGAAUCAAGUGAGGCUGAAUUCUUUGACGCUGCUACUGACUCUUCCAGUUUUCACAAUCCCAGCACUGAAGAAACUUCUGCUUUUCAAAGAGAGGAACUUGUUGGUUGGAACUUGGGUCUGGGUUAUCAGAUUGCACAGGAGUGGGCUAAAGAAAGGGCUGCUGAAGCUGAAGCCACUUCAACUCUUGAUAAACUAAGCAUCUUUUGCCUUCCAGUUGGUGUGAGGCCUUCACAAGAGUUGAAAGAUAGAAUCAAUAUCUCAUCUUCAACACAGCUCCCAACACUGAAGACCAAGGAUGUUGUCGAAUUAAAAUCAAGUGUCAAUUUAAGUACACGUUCUUGGAAUGAGUUGACUGACACAGGACUUGAAGCAGUAAGGGAUUUUUAUAAUACAGCCUCAGCACUGCUAAAAGGAAACUCUAAUGAAUCCCCUAAAAGGGAAGGACUUCUUUCUGCUCGUGCGGCAUCUAUGCUGGAAGCUGAACGAGAUUCUCCAAAGCAGUGGAGUCCUAUAGUGGAGAUGAAAUAUAGAGGAGGAAUUUACAAAGGACGAUGCCAAGGAGGUCUUCCUAAAGGAAAGGGUCGUUUGGUUCUUGGAGAUGGAAGUAUAUAUGACGGAAUGUGGAGAUAUGGCAAGAAAUCAGGUUUGGGUACAUUCUACUUCAGUAAUGGCGAUGUGUUCCAGGGGUCAUGGAGAGAUGAUGUUAUGCAUGGCAAGGGUUGGUUUUACUUUCACACUGGAGAUCGAUGGUUUGCAAACUUCUGGAAGGGAAAGGCAAAUGGCGAAGGUCGCUUCUAUUCCAAGUCUGGUGAUAUCUUUUUUGGUUAUUUCCAAAAUGGAUGGCGACAUGGCGAGUUCAUUUGUAUUGAUGUUGAUGGGAGAAGGUGUGUUGAGAACUGGGAUGAAGGUAUUCUUGUAAGCCGUAGCCCAUUGGACUCUUGACGUCAGUAAUAUAGUGUUAAUUCUUAAUAUAUACAUGUGAGCAGGGCUAUAGUCAUUAUUGUUUUGUAUAUUAUUCUUUGUCCUCUAGCGAUAGAAAGAAGCGGGGGUGUAAAUAUGCAAAGUGAGUCUGUUGUAGCGGAUAUACGCAACAAUGGGUUUUUUCUUUUCUCUUAUUUUUAUUAUCAUUUCAUGAAGAUCAAUCUCGAGUUAUAA